AUGCGCUUCGUGAAGGCAGCCAAUACGGUGCGGACAAUGCUGCGGGCCGACAGGACUGCCAAAGUCGUGAAUCCGGAAAUCAGUCGGAAGGUGAAAGAGGCCGAGUCACAGGCUGUGGCUCAGUACUUAGAGUAAGUUGUUCUUAAUUCUGGCAAAAUCCCUCAUGCUAUGCCACCUACACAGAAUAUGUGGCAUUCUGAUCCACAGGAAACAUAUCUUUAUGCUAAUAGUCCUUUUCUAUCACGGGCAGUAACUCGAGGCUGAUGAGAGUGGAUCCGCCAGGUCACGCAUAUAACUGUGGGUUCUGCUUAAGAGAUGUAGCUCGGGAGAAAAUCAAGCCUACACAGUAAUACACCUCAGAGGAGGUCAGAGAAAAACGGAAUAAUUUUAAAAAUAGCCUCCUGAAUGGGCAGUGAGGUAAGGGGUAGGAAGUCUUCUGACCUGAUAAACGGGAAGGGGGGGUAUUAUAAUACCAUUCAAAAGCCAGGAAGCGGAGGGUGUCAUCUCUUCUGCAAGCCAUCGGAAUGAAAGUGUCUGGUUUGCCAUAGUCGGCAAACCAUGGCUCUCGUGUGAAGUGGCUGUUGUAUGGCACUUGGUUCCCUACCGGUAGAUGUGCUUGUGCUCCCACCGGGUAAGCAGGUCGUGAGCGUGGCUGUCCAGUCGUCUUCGUCCUUCUGACCCAUUGUGGUGUUGUUAUGGUUAAAAUCCUGAUCAAGCAGUUGUUGUUGUGGACCAGGAGGUGUGGUGGCAUGCCCAGGUGCGGUCCUGGCCGUGCCAGCCACCUGUUCCGUCUCCAGCCUCCAGUCUUCUUGACUGUGUCUUGACAUCGGGCCCGGGCGUGGAGGAGGAGAAGGUACGGUAGAUGCUGUGCAAGUCCAUUCCCACUAUAAACUAAUUCACGUACUGUCGCUGUACCUGUCUCACCUUGCUUUGGACUACUCGGUGAACGUCGUUAUUUGCGAUGGUCGAAAUAUCCAUGAAGAGCAAGCGCCCCUCACAACCGGCUGUGCUGCAGAUACGUUGGGUCAAAAUGGGGGUCGCACUGCCUCUUGAUUAGCAUUGACCGGACUGCGAACACCUACAGUAGAUGUGCUAUGUCAUGAAAUGUCAACCAAAAUUUCGAAAUGCGUUUCCGUUUCGAAAAGAUUAAUAAAGUAGGCUUGUAAAACCAAUCAUAUUGCAGCAUACUUCUAUAAUAAUUCAGUUAUCCUAUGACGCCACCUUUCGAACGAACUUCUUUUCGGCUGCAUCCAACAACCAUACUCCGUAAAAAUGACUACUUAUGUAUUAUGCAAUUUUCUCAUUGAUUUUCGAUGCCCCUAAAUGUCCAAUUAUAUUUCAUGGAAAACAGGCGUAAAAAUAUUCAUUCGUUUACUUUUUCGGCAGGAAAUCACGUCUUCUUCCAAUUUCAUACUCAAAAGAAGAUAAUAAUUCGGUUUUAAAAAACCUUUCUAAUUCCCGAAUAAUUUCGAACCCGACCUGCUGUUACAUUUGCAUUCAGGGUUUCAAAACUACAAGCUUUAUAUUUUCCGUGUACGGAAAACCAUGCAUUUCUCUACGGUAUUAAGCGAAGACCAUAUGAGGUUCAUAAAACAAAGCAGUGGAUUUGAGCAUUAUUGUUAACUUUACAAGCCACAUUCGUGAAUGCAGAUACAUGACGUUUCAUGAACAGUCAUUUAACGGUAUUAAAAAACCUCACAAUCAGAAACCUUUUAGAACCGAAUUAUACUCUUCUUUUGAGUAUGAAAUUGGAAGUAGACGUGAUUUUCUACCGAAUAAGUAAACGAAUGAAUAUUUUUAUGCCUGUUUUCCAUGAAAUAUAAUUGAAUUUUCAAGGGCAUUGAAAAUCAAUGAGAAAAUUGCGUGCUACAUAAGUAGUCAUUUUUUGCAGAGUAUAGAUCUUGCAUGCAGCCGAAAAUAAGUUCUUUCGAAAGCCGACACCCUGAGGUAACUGGAUCAUUAUAGAUUUAUGCUGCAUCAUGAUUAGUUUUACAACACUACUUAAAUCAUCUUUUCGAAACGAGAACGCAUUUCGAAAUUUUGGUUGACAUUUCAUGAGUUAGCACAUCUACUGUAUAUGCGGUGGCGCGCCCUGAAUGUAAGCCUUCGGGCGGCCUCAGUCGCAGAGUUCAACCCAAUCGCCGGCUAGUUUACAAACUCGGACAAUCGACAGACACAUAGGGGAGGGAGAAUGAGGCCGCCACUGUGGAGUCCAUCUCGCACAGCGUAGCGGCGUCUCCCUCAUUAUAAUAAAUCUGAUUAGCUGGAACCUACAAUCACACGCUAAGAGUUUUGGCCCGGAGGGCUGUCGACAGACCGGAAGACUUAAUACCAUACAGAAUUCAGGAUCAUGCCGUAAUGAGCCCGUCUCAUUGUGGCCUCUACGGUACCCCAGCUGAUUUGAGAUCCGAGCCGCAAUCGUGAAAGUCAGAUCGCAUGUGGGACGCGUAGACGCACUGUCCAGCAUUGUCAAGUGCUGCGCCAGGACCUACCUUCGGUCGUAUUGACACUGUCUUGCCCAAUGGGCAAGGCGGGAAGGGGAGGAGCGAGCGCGGCGUGUUCAGACCGCAAGUCUGCAAUACGAUAUUAAUCGUUGCACGCUUCAUAAAAUGCUUGCCGCUAGCCGGACGAAAAGUAGUGGGCAGUGGGCAACUACUUUUUACUGUCAGACAGAACGGCUUCGUAAAUGCAACGCUUGAGUCGCAGAACAAAAUUACAGCGCAGAAACGUCAUCGAAGACAUGUUCGGGUUGAAAGGACAACAGGAAGUCACAAUAAUCUACCGGCACGGUUGGCGGGGAAUCAGAGGAAGUAUGCUGCAAAAGUAAAAAAAUAUAAUGUGGGACUUUAUAUAGCGUCUCAGCGAACAGUCUGGAUGCAAGUCAUCUUGCUAAGACAGUUUUUGCUCUCAGCGCGAAUGAAAAAUAAGAAAGCAAACCACGCAGUACCAUGUAUGCUUUAGAAAGAGCAGAAACCGGCUCGGUCUGCUUAGGAAAAUUAGUAAAGGUGGGUUUUCUACUACGGUAUGUAACCACUAUUUAACACCCCAAUGGAAGUUAUUUUAUUCAAAAAAUUCUGAACGCAACAAGCGACUGUAGCCAGCGCGGCUUACUUGUCUAAAAAUCUCGGAGCGAGUGCAUGUGGGAUGCGAAUUUGUGGCGGUCAAGGAUGUGAGAUCAACUUAAACCACGCAAAAUAAGUUCGUUUCGUCUAAUGACAGAAGUCAGGGAGCUGUGAGGACUAGUUUAUUCUGCACACAGGACAGGUUUGCCGUAAGUUGGCUGUUUGCUUGCAACAGGGAAAAGCGUCCGUUCACGGAGAGCGUCAGUAGCGGUGUGUGUCUUGUUUACGCGGGAGUGGGUGUCUGGGUCAGCAGGAGGGGUGACUGGCUGAGUGGUGGUCGUGUGAUUGGACAAAUUAGGGGAGGAAUGGGGGGCGCAUACUCACAAGGCAUCACGGAAAUCAAGCCAGAGAGUUCGACGCGCGUUAGGUGAUACUAGUUUGUGAGGGCAACCGGGAGUCACUGCAGCUGGACAGGAGGGGCCCCAGUUCUAGCCGGUGUGGGUGGUCGUGUGUCAGCGGCCUGUCAGUGCUUGUCGCGGCCAUCGACUGACAAAACGGAGCCGGAGGAAAGGGGGGCUGGAGCGGCUGCUACAAAUUCAACUGAUACCAACUGCCAUACCAUACUCCUAAGUCCGAGUCCAGAGAAAUCGAUAAAGUGGACUAGACAACUGCUGAGCUGGAGCUCAAGCGGCUGAUAGCGAACGCCAGCAGAAAUGUUAUUGGCGUUGAUCGACCAAUCAGCGGAUUGCCAUGACAGACGGUGAGUGUGUGCAACUGUCGAUGCCUGUGACCAGGAAAGCCGGUGUAGUCCUGUGGCGUUGUUGCGCCAAAACAGAGGCGACCCCAAUUCAAUGGAAGUGUCCCGCCGCGUGGGUUCACUAAGAACAAAUUGUUAAUUCUCACUUUCGCCUAAAUGAACCACGACGAUUAGAUGCUGAAACAACCAAGCUAAAUUCCGGCAAAGCGGAUUGAGGGCAUGACAUCGAAAAAAUGUGAUUGCUAAUGCCUAUCAUGUCGACAGAAUUUCAGUGCAAUUUAAAGUCAUCAUAGUGUCCCAACCAUAAACUCACUCGAUUGGGUGUCACAGGACCGUUUCCUGCUUCACUUUUUUUUAAAAAAAGAAAUUUAGAAGGAUGCACUAAAGGAAGGCAUAGAGGCCUGGUCGAGAAUAAGGUUCUAAAGGGCUUCCAGAAGCAGAAGCCCUAUAAGCAGGACUACAUGAUUUUCAGCGAAAGCGUGGUAAGCAAAUGCUAUAUCCCCAAAUAGAGCUCGGAAAGAUCGUUAUAAGCAUAUUCAUAGAGUUUGCUCUGUCAAGAAGUUACCUGCAGCAUUUUGAACUUCUGGGCUGUUUAUUAUACGUUUUAGGAAGAUGCAAUUCGAUAAAAUAGCGGAAGCGGAAACAGCCUCUCUCAGGGCGUACGCCAGGCCGACAUCAUCCAUGUAAGUGACUACAAUCAGCUUUCCUUCAAUACUUGCGGCAAAAGAUAUAUAGGCCAGAAUACGUUCAGCAACAGUUCGGCCAUGAUAAAAGCAAUAAUGACUUAUAAUAACGCAGGAUAAUGAUGUAUUUUUUAAGACAGAUUACUAGACCAUGCUCUUUUACUAAUCUGGAGUAUCGAAUAUUGGUUGGAUACAUUUAAUAGUGUACUUAGACGGCUUACAAUGACGCACCACUUAAAUAACGAGAUGUUUGCGCAUUCCUGAUAGCCCUCCUGAACCCGAGACAAUGCGUCAAAAACCUCACCUGAUUUAGGCCUACGUAGCAGAUAAUUUGCGCCCCAUGCGAACGGCAGCGGCUUGUAAACAAGUCCUCGAAAAAAACCGAUUUUUGCGCCAUCCCUGUUGUCUUUCGCAGGCAUAGCGUUCCAACCACAAAUGGUUGGGUGCCGGCUAAAACCUUAAUCUGAUAGUUUCUCGGUGAACUGUCGAUGUAGGAAGCAGUCAACUACCUUAAAAAAUCAGUAUAGGCAGUAUCAACCGCAUAUCCAGUAGGCAAAGUCUUCAUGUACAUUUCAUUUCGCUGUUAAGGUACUUCUGAUGCAGGAUCAGUUCUGUUGAAAACCGUGUUGGGAUUCACUAAACAAAUUAAGGCAUAGUUCUCGUGAAAAUCCCCUCAGUUAUCUUCCAUCAGGUGCACCAUCGGCUAGUUGGUCAUCGGUAGCCCUGAAUCUACUUUGUGAGUCAGUACGACGCUGACCAAUUUCCCCUUGCAUGAAAGGUAAUGGCAAUCAGGUGCGCCGAUGUACGAUGGUUGAAAAAUCGAGAUUUCAAAAUUCAGAAGUCGUGGAGGACAGAUCUGUUGGAGAAAAUUAGCUGAGUCGAGAGAGCGUGCACACAGUUUAGCCGUUGUGUUUGUUCUCUCCGGUGCGGGCUAUGUAGAUAUGUGCGCCUGUGCCUUAUCCGUCUGUAGCCAAUUAACGAGUGGCGUAGCGUGGAAUGUCAUCCGACUUCGCCCCCCCCCGUUGGUGCCAAGCGACGCGCGACAGGGAGCGCGAGGCGCACCGAAGGACAGUAUGAGAAAACCAACAGAAACGAAGAGACGAGUCCCAGGAAGUAGUCUUAAAGAAGGAGACACGAUCGAUGGGACAAAAGCUUUAUUGGCCUGAAGUUUCGGAUUCCUGUCGAAACGCAAUGCAGUGAACCGGAAGACAAUAUUGCCAAACUACAAAACCUCUGACGGAUCUUCAAAGCCAAUGGUUACACGCGCAACUUUGUCAACCGGUGCAUACGCAAAAGGGACGAAAGGCCUAACCGCAUGGACACCUAAUUUUGACGCGCGCUUCCGUAUGUCAAGAACGUUUCGGAAGCUGUUGGCCGCAUUCUCGCACCACUUGGGGUUGAAGUCCCACACAGACCAGAGGCAACCAUCAGGCGUCAGGUAAUGAAUCCGAAAGACCGGCUGCCACGGCAAGAAACGUCUGGAGUCGUUUAUCGGAUCUGGGGCAGUUGCGGACAAGGCAACUAUGUCGAAGAAACCGCAAGACAGCUCCGAACGCGAAUGGCUGAACACGCUGCAGCGGUACAGAGAAAUGGCGUCAGCUCUCAAGUUGUGGCUCAUUCGACGAGAUCCAGUCACACAUUCAAAUUCGACGAGACCGAAAUUCUCGCAAGACGUGACAACCGUGUGAGCCGGGAGCUGCUUGAGUCAUGGUUUACUGCCCCCAGUCCUUUAACAAGUGCAAUGAAUUUCCCCUUCCAUACUCGGUGCUGAGACUCCGCCAAGGCGGAGUAAUUAGCCACGCGGGGAACGCACAGGUGAACACUUUUCCCAACUCCAGGGUCGGUGCGUCAGACGGUCGAGCAAUCAUCACAUCAACAUCCAACGCACGUGAUGAAAUUGCAGAAAUUAACGACGCGAAUGUCGACCAUCAAACAAUUAGCACACCAAGUGCGACGAUCCCGGAUGGACGGGGGAGCCGUGAAUAUUCAUAGAUAUGCGGUAGCAUGGCGACUGCAUCCUAUAAAUACUGCAGCCAGUUGUGCACGAACCACCCGUUUCUGUUCUUUUGUCUCUGAUGAUGGAUUCGAGUAGGAAUCCGAAACGUCAGGCUGAUAAAGCUCUUGUCCCGGCGAUCGUGUCUCCUGCUUCAAGUAUGAGAAAGCGUCCACGCCGGGGACCGCAGGGACGGACUGUCACAGGUGCCGCUGAACUGGGAUGAAGAGAGAUUACGCUGCCUCUCUGGCUAGCUCUUCCAAAGAUGGAGGUGAGGAAGUAUAAUAUGCUGCAAGCUCAGGCCAAGUGUCUUUAUUUGAGAAAGGGGAACAGGCACCAGACCACUGUAAGUGUACACGCGCGCGUUGGAUUUGAUUGGUCAGCGAGGAUGAUCGUGAUCUACCGGGAGAAACGGUAUUCAGCCCUGAUGUGAGCGCUGCCGUGUUAGAGCCAGUGGACUUUGAAACAAUGACCGGCGAGGUUUGGUUCCCGCAGCCCCACUUGAUUAAUACCAUAUGGUUAGCUUCCGAAAGCGAUUACGCUGACUUUUUAUACACGAGGUGUUUGCGCCCUUCUUACUAUUUUAGGUUAGUUGUGGUUAUGUAGCCGCACCCGAAGUAAACAAACCCCAGUCACCUCUAAUACGGCACUGGUGGUAAUAGGGGAUUUUUGCAGGUGGGACCGGAGAACUCACAGGCGACGGGGCCAAGUAGUUGUCUGCAAAAGAAAAGCUACUGGGAAUGCGCGGUUGUACUUGAGUGGUUGAGAAAGAGUUUCCCUUACCCCUAACCCUGUCCGAAAGCCGUGACUCCUAGCCCUAACUCUUAACCGCAGUCCUAAACCCUAAUCCUGAAACAUUCAACGCGAAGGUUAGAAGGAGACGACAGGCAAAAAGUCAAGGAGGACCACCGGCAUUGGGCCGAAAAAGGUAAACACUUCAACAAAGAAACAAGGUCGCCAACAGAACACACACCGGAACCCACAGCAACACCAUGCCAACGUUAUCACACCAACUCCAAAUAAUUAAGUAGGUCAACAGCAUUAUGUCCAUCAGGUGUGGCUAAAUAACCACGUCUUACCCUAUUUUAAUCCAGCAACUGUCUGUGCCCCAGGGGGUUCUCGAACGCCAUCCUCGGUUACAUCGGGUAUCGGUUCACACGCGCUUCCCUGUGCGUGCUUCGAACCCUGGUUGCGCCCUCUUUUUUAUUUCAAUCCAUCGAGGGGCUCAGCGGGCUUGCUAAUGGCAUUUUUCUGACGGAACGAAACACCGUCGGUUCCACUAUAGUGACCAUGCACUGCGAAUUAACACGUAGUUCCCUCCGUGGCCUUCCGGCUGUGACCGCACCCUUCCUAUCCCCUUAAUCCAGUGAGUGGCUGUGUCGCUGGAGAGUGCGUACAUGCCACCUUCGGUUACACCAAGCAUUAGUUCACAUGCGUUUCCUUGGACUUGCUUCGAGCUCUGUUUGUGCUUUUUUCUCCCUCCUAAUCCAGCGAGUGACCAAGUUAGGUUUGUUAACUAAAAUUGUUCUAAUAAGUUCUUAUAAGCUCAUCAUAUGAUAUUAAUCAAGUGGGGCUGCAGACCAAACCUCGCCCAAGGAUCUGAUGCGCUGUGAUGAUGCUUACAGCAUUUAAAGUCAGUAGUCUCGAUUGCCGGCAUGAUUCUUCAGUUGACUGUGAGAAGCUGAGGCCAUUCAUGCGACCAGAAUGCGGUGCUUUUUGGCUCCGCAGGAGCGAGAGUAUCGAUUGAUGAUUAGAUCUAGUGCGUUGCCAGGUCGUUUUGGGUGGUCUUGCGGCCGUGCCGUCUGUCGUGAUCUUGCCAAUCGCUCAGAUUAAGCCGAAAACACGAAAUAAAAGAUUAUGCAACCGGUUGAUUCCCUCGAAGUGUCACGCCGCCCUGUCAAGCAAUGCUUUUGAUUGAUUACAGUGGGGCAUCUUAUAGAGGCUAAGCAUCGUUUCAAACGAAAAGAAACUGUAAAGUGUUGUUGAGGUUUUGCUAUGACCCCGAAGAAAGGUAGGACAGGAAGAGAGCCGGUUCGGAGGGCAAGCACUUUACUGGUAACUUGCGCACACGAGGGGUUACAACUCGUAAGAAAGAUGCGUUAUUUAUAUUGGCUCCUGUGCGUUUUGGAACAUUCCGUCCAAUGGCAUGUCAGCCGCUGGGGGGCGUUCUAGAAUGUUCCUGUCCCGGACGUGCUGGUCGCUGAUUGGCCACCACGUGCGCGAUAGCCCCCCCCGCGGAAACGUCUGGAAUGUUCGACCAGCCAUUGAUUGGGCCGCACACGAGAGCAAAGCCACCACACGUGCUCGGCGCUGCAGUGCACGCCGGUCGGCCGUCUCAUGCCGCCGGCUUGGUCCCCUGUUCAGCGCCUUAGGUCGUGGCUCCACGCCGCUUGCACUCUCCAUAGCAGGUUUGCACUUUAGAACGUGCAACAGAGUGAAGACGCAGUGUGCCUAUAAUGCAUGUCUUUUCUCCUAAGGCAAUUUGAGCAGCUGAUAAUUCAUAAUAUGGUACACGAAAAUUUUAACCACGUUCAGUUCUUUAGCUUGGUUACUUAUCGGGUCCGACUGUAGUAGGCAAGCUGGCAUGUUCACUAUUCGUAAACGUUCAUGUAUUCCGCACCCCCAGCUCCACAAAGCCCCCCGCGCGCAGACGGCUGUCAAACAUCUCACACAUAUCAAAUCUGUUAGAGGAGGAUGAAGACACAGUACCAGGCGACUUCAGAGACAUGCAAGUGAGUUUUAGUAGUAACAUCAAUCCCCAUAAAAUGAUGUGCGAGGGUGGCGUGAAUUCUUCGACGCAAACCUCAGAUUCGGUUUGAAAUUUUACACGAAUAUUUGAUCUGAAUGGCGGUGUGGUAUUCGCGUAUUGCCCAAAGAGGUAGUCGGAACUACAUAAAUACUGAGUAAUUUAACGUACCCACGGCACAAAAGCGUCGAAACACAUGACCGGGCUUCUAGUCGCUGCCCGUGCCGGGAGUAGGUCUGUCACUACCGCUGCCGUUUACUACUACUACUACUACUACUACUACUACUACUACUACUACUACUACUACUACUACUACUACUACUACUACUACUACUACUACUACUACUACUACUACUUCUACUACUACUAUUAA